AUUAGUAAGACCGAGAAACGGUAGCAAAUUAAACGGUCCAUUCAAAACCAUUAAUAUAAUUAUAACUAGAGGAACAAAUCCUAAGGGACUUGGAUUGCGUUCUUAGACCAUGUACAUAAUCUCUCCCUAUAAAUAAUCGUUUCAUUAUCACAAUCUUAUGAAAUUUGAUUAUAAUUGAAUCAAUUAAAAAAAUGGCAAAACCUGCUGUCUCCUAUUGUCUCCUCUCAUGUAUCUUUGCCUUGCUUCUUGUGAGUUUUCCUUCACCAGACAAAGAUGAUCAAGACAAACAGGUGUAUAUAGUAUACAUGGGUGCACUUCCUGCUCGUGUUGACUACAUGCCAAUGUCCCAUCACACUAGUAUUCUUCAAGAUGUCAUCGGAGAGAGUUCGAUCAAGGAUCGUUUGGUUAGGAAUUAUAAAAGGAGUUUCAACGGAUUCGCAGCCAGGCUAACUGAAUCAGAAAGAGCGAUACUAGCAAAUAUGGACGAAGUUGUAUCUGUGUUUCCUAGCAAGAAACUAAAGCCCCAAACAACAACCUCGUGGAAUUUCAUGGGUCUCAAGGAAGGCAAACGUACAAAGCGAAACUCUCUCAUAGAGAGCGAUACAAUCAUCGGUGUCAUUGACAGUGGAAUCUACCCUGAAUCGGACAGCUUCAGCGGCAAAGGCUUUGGUCCUCCUCCUAAAAAAUGGAAAGGUGUUUGCGAAGGCGGCGAAAACUUCACUUGCAACAACAAGCUUAUUGGAGCACGGUACUACACACCCGAACUGGUGGGGUUUCCGGCGUCAGCCAUGGACAACACGGGACAUGGCUCGCACUGUGCAUCCACGGCGGCUGGAAACGCUGUGAAGCAUGUGAGCUUUUACGGGCUCGGUAAUGGAACUGCGAGAGGUGGCGUUCCAGCUGCAAGAAUAGCGGUUUAUAAAGUAUGUGACGUUGGCGUCAAUAGGUGCACAGCUGAAGGAAUUCUAGCCGCAUUUGAUGAUGCCAUAGCGGAUAAGGUGGACCUAAUUACCAUAUCCAUCGGUGCGGAUGAGGUUGGUCCAUUUGAGGUGGACACCCUCGCGAUCGGGGCUUUCCAUGCCAUGGCCGAGGGAAUCCUCACUGUGGCUAGCGCAGGAAACAAUGGUCCAGAACGUAGCACGGUCGUGAGCAUUGCGCCGUGGAUCUUCACUGUUGCUGCUAGUAAUACUAACCGUGCAUUUGUCACCAAAGUUUUUCUCGGAAACGGCAAGACAAUUGUGGGAAGAUCGGUAAAUUCGUUUGAUCUAAACGGAAGGAAGUACCCUCUAGUAUACGGAAAAUCAGCUUCAAGUAGUUGUGAUGCUGCUGCAGCCAGGUUUUGCUCACCAGGGUGUCUAGACAGUAAACGUGUGAAAGGAAAGAUUGUGUUAUGUGAUUCCCCACAAAAUCCCGAAGAAGCUCAAGCUAUGGGAGCCGUCGCAUCCAUUGUUAGUAGCCGCAGUGAAGACGUGACAAGUAUCUUCUCUUUUCCAGUCUCUCUUCUAUCGGAAGACGACUAUAACAUUGUCCUCUCAUAUAUGAACUCCACAAAAAACCCCAAAGCAGCUGUUCUGAGAAGUGAGACAAUCUUUAACCAGAGAGCUCCUGUCGUGGCUUCCUACUCUUCUCGUGGCCCAAACCCAAUCAUUCAUGAUAUUUUGAAGCCGGAUAUAACAGCGCCGGGAUCAGAGAUUCUUGCUGCUUAUUCUCCUUAUGCCCCACCAAGCGUAUCAGAUACAAGACAUGUAAAGUACGCAGUUCUUAGCGGAACCUCAAUGUCUUGUCCCCACGUUGCUGGUGUAGCCGCCUACCUAAAAACGUUUCACCCACGCUGGUCUCCUUCCAUGAUCCAAUCCGCCAUCAUGACUACCGCGUGGCCAAUGAAUGCAUCUACUUCUCCGUUUAACGAGUUGGCCGAGUUUUCUUACGGAGCGGGCCAUGUCGAUCCCAUAGCUGUAAUUCAUCCUGGACUAGUCUAUGAAGCUAAUAAAUCCGACCACAUCGCCUUUCUUUGCGGCUUGAACUACACUGGAAAGAAAUUAAGGCUCAUCUCCGGUGAUAGCAGCAGUUGCACCAAAGAACAGACUAAAUCGCUACCCCGAAACUUAAACUAUCCUUCGAUGACUGCUCAAGUAUCGGCGGCAAAACCGUUGAAAGUAACUUUCCGUAGAACAGUCACUAACGUCGGUAGGCCUAACGCUACAUACAAAGCAAAGGUAGUUGGAUCUAAACUCAAAGUCAAGGUUAUCCCAGACGUCUUGUCUUUUUGGUCAUUGUAUGAGAAGAAGUCCUUCACGGUAACCGUUUCAGGCGCCGUUCCCAAAGCUAAAAAGCUUGUGUCCGCACAGCUGAUCUGGUCUGAUGGUGUCCACUUUGUGAGAAGCCCCAUUGUUGUUUAUGCUAAGAACUGAUGAGUCAGAACCAGUUACUGUUUCUAUCUGUUAUCGUCAAUUAUUACUUUUAAACCCUUGUUUGUUGGUUUUGAUGUUUCUGGUUCCGUCACUCAUUUUAGUUAUAACUUAUAACAUCAAUCUAAUUAUUUGCCUGUUUUUUUUUUUUUAAAGUUAUUUGCCUGUUCCAAUUAAAACCUUGUUGGUUCUAAAUUUCAAAAUGGUCAUGAGAGUUUUAAUUUAAUUUGGAGAAUGAUCAAAUAUAUUACUACUUGUUUACUUUUAAAAAAGGAUAAUAGAAUCACAUUCAUAGUAUUUUUGUUCUACUCUUAAAAUUUUACGAUUCGUCUUCUCCUUAAUUAGGUAUAUGUGACGGCGUGACGCUAAUAAUUAUGGUUUGAGUUUUGUAUAUCCCUAUUGUUUUUUACACUCUCUUCUCAGUGAUCAAUAAAGCGUGCUUUCAUUACUAUUCAUCCAUAAAAAUUGAAUCUUGUUGGGUUUAGGAGAUUUAUGACUUAUUUUUUUUAGUGUGAACAAGAUAACUUAUUUUACCUUAAUUAAUUCAUGAAAAAGAAAAAUACAAAUUCUACCUUAUGGAGUCUAAAAUACCCAGAGUAGAAUGUUUUCUACCUUACGCAUUCCAGAGAAUUACGUUGUAAGAGCAUUUCCUAAAUUUUAGUUCCCAUAUAUGCAAGAGGGAAGACAAUAAUGAUUAUUGAUGUAGCUAUUAGUUGAAAUUUAAUCUAAACUUUGUAAAAGUGUAUAGUCAGAAUUGUGAAAAUGGUGUUAAGGUUUGGUCGCCUUAUAAAACAACCUGUCAUUUUAUUCACUGAUAACCAUGUGACUCACAAAACUAUACUCCAUCUCUCCCAAAUUAUAAGAUGUUUUAGCAUGUUUUUCUUGUUCCACAACAUAAGACUUUCUCAUAUUUUUAUGUAUAAUUUAUGGUUAUUUAAUUUAUUUAUGACCUUUUGAAUUCUGUAAUCUUUUUUUUCUUUUGGUUAAAUUUUUAUAAAUAAUAAACAUUUAUUACUCCUUAAUCUUUGUGCUUUUAACAAAAACGUCUUAUAAUUUGGGACACAUAGAGUAUAAUACUCCCUCUCUUUCACAAAAAGUGUCACUUUGGCAUUCUUCACACAAA